AUGGAGUCGGUGCGCACGCGGUGUGUAUGGCCGCCUCUGUGGUCUCCUGUUACUCCGCUGCGUGUGCCGCAUCCUGACGCACCACUGGCACUAAAUCGUUUUAUUUUUUUUCUUUCUCUUUUUCCUUUGUCUCCCGCCUCCCGCAGCCACGCUGCACUGCUACUGCUGCUGCUCACACGAAACCAAGAAAUGCAUUUUUCUCAGGCCAUGCGCCAGCCUCGCCAUGCCACGCCGCCACUUCCAUUGCUGGUGUUGCUGCUGAUGUACUGCGCCAUUGGGUGUAUUGCCGCUGCACCCGCUCUGCAGCACCGCCGGGGAUAUGACGAGAUGAUGGGGAGGAGCGGCCCACUGCCGACUGUGACAGUAGCACCGCGGGCUUCCACAACAACUCUAAUCUUUGGCAUCUUCGUGUCAAUUGUGCGGCCGCGGCUGCGAUGGUGGCCGGGCCUGCAUGAAAUGGUGUGUGCUGGAGGGGAGAGAAGGCUAGUGGAAAAUAGAUUGUUCUUCUGA